UAAGAAAUUUUCGUCAUGUUCAAAUCCUUUCGUGGCGCGUUUGUAACAAAUGUUCAAUUUCAACAACUAAGAUUAGGUUCUCGAAUAAGAGGCAAACCGCCUACAUUGGCUAGAACCAUUAGAGAGCGUUUAGAUGAAAUUAAUUACAAAGAUGAAUUGUACACAACCAGAAUAGAUAUUGGAUAUCCUCGUUUCAAGACUUCAGAAAAAGUACGGAUCAACAGAAUGGAGCACAUGAAAAAAUUAAAAAGUGACAAAAACCUGGAACAAUUGGCACGGAACCAACAAUUACAAGUAAACUUGGAAGAUGUUCGAACUGAAUGGUUGAAUACAUUAGGGCCUUUGCAUAAAAAACAAAUUGCUGAUCACUAUGGGAUAUUCGAGCAUUUGUAUGGCGAAGGAUAUUUCAUACCACAUUUGAAUUUGGAAGUGUUUUACGAUUUGAAAAAUGAAUCCUUUCUUCCCGUUUGUACUGGGAAUGUUAUUAAACCAGCUGAAGCUUUGGAACCUCCUACAGUUGCAUAUGAAUCAGAUGGAAACACAUUAUGGACUGUAACUAUGAUAAAUCUAGAUGGAAAUUUGACUGAAAAUGAUAAGGAAUAUGUGCACUGGUUCGUUGCUAAUAUUCCUGGAACUUGUAUAGAAAAGGGAGAUGUUUUUGCUGAAUAUUUACGCCCAUUCCCUAUGAAGGGAACAGGGUACCAUAGAUAUGUGUUUGUUCUUUAUAAGCAGAACGGUAGAGUCAUGUACGAUUUGCCUAAAGUAACAUUAUCAUCGUCUCUAGCAGAGAGGACUUUUGUAACCAGAGAUUGGUAUAAGAAGAAUCAGGAUGACAUAACUCCGAUUGGCCUAGCUUUCUUCCAAUGUGACUGGGAUCAUACUGUAAAGGACUUCUUUCAUUGUAUAAAUAUGAAAGAACCUAUCUACGAAUAUGACUUCUCAGCACCUUACCUCAGACCCCAAGAGUGGUUCCCUCACAGAAAACCAUUCAAUCUGUACAUGGACAAAUACCGGGAUCCUAAACAAAUCAACAAAGAAUAUCUGCUACGGAAAUUAAAGGGUGAAGAUCCAUUUAAGAGACCACCACCUCCUUUGAAGUUCCCCAAUGCUCAUGCACUACCUCACAGUAUGCCAUCAUGGUUGAAGCUACAUGAAAAGAAAAUCCGAUUGCGCUGGGGCAGAGUUAAUGAUGUUUAAUUUACGAAUUAGUUAUGAGCAAGGGUUGCCAUUUUUUUCUCAAAUGUUUAAUUUGAUAUGAUAGAAGAGAUUUAAGUAAUAUUGAUAGAGCUGCUGUGUACACUAAGGCUCCUUUUGUGCUCUAGUUCUGAUGCCAAG